ACAAGCCGGCGUGGGGACCAAAGGCCCGCGUGGGCACCCCCAGCACGUCAGGGCCUCCGGCAUGAGUACUGGGACCUGCGACCUGGCGCUCUCGGUGGCCGUGACCGCCCCAGAGCCCCUGGGCAAAAGAGCAGCCCCGUUGUGGGGAGAGCAGCAGAAUGUAGAAAAGCUGAAGUUGAUGGGAAUAGAUUUCAUUUGGAAAAUAACCAUGAAAUUGCCUGAUGAAGAAAUUCCUAAUGAAGCUAUUCAGUUAAUCAUAAAAUACAGUUAUGGUAAUCUAAAUCCUAGCUUAAAGAGGAUGAAUAUCUAAGGAAAGAAAGUUACUCAUUGCUAUGCAAGAUAUGAAGUAAGUCAGUAGCAAAUUUUAUUUAGCCUGUCUUUGAAAUAAAUGCUUUGGGAUUUUUUUUCUUUUAUAAUUUUAUAUUUUCAGAUAAUUUAUAAAGUUGAUGUUUGAGAGUAGAUUCUAUUGAAGAAUUUGUCAACUGUACCACUGUGGCAUAGGGAACAGGAACUUGCCAUGAUGCCCUCAAUAUGGAUGUGUACUGUAGCAAAUCUCAUUUUCCCACCACCUCUCUUCUGCACCACUAUAGAAAUACAGGUACUAUCUUCAGAAAACAGGUCUGCUAUGUAUUCCGUAUUUUUGAUAGUUUUUUCUCCUUAUUCUCUUUCUAUACAAGAACUUUAUACAAGCACCACUUCUUUUUCUGUUUUUCUUAUGUUUCACUUAGUUAUCCUGUAAAUACUAUUAAAAGCCACAGCAGAACACUCAGUAGUAGGGGGUGUUUGUUGUUUUUAUCCAUUAGAAGCCUGCUCUGUAAUACUAGCUCAUGGGUAUUUCUAAUGUCUUAUUUCAGUCAAAAAGUAUUCAAAAGCAUGAAGCGUAGCCAGGCACAGUGGCUCAUUCCUGUAACCCCAGAAUUUGGGGAACUCCGGCAGGAGGAUUGCUUGAGGCCAGAAGUUUGAGACCAGCCCAGUCAGCAUAGUAAGACUGCUGCUACAGAAAAAAACAAUACAACAAAAACAAAACCCAUGUAUGCAUACAGAUAUAUAACAUAUAUAAUCUAUAUCAUAUAUAUAUAUAUAUAACAUUUCUCUUUGUUCUCUGGUAAACCAUUAUCAUCAUGGUGAAUCUCAGCAGAUUGAUUCGUGAUAAAUUAGCUUCAGAAAGCUUAAGCAAUGGGAAAGUAGACAUUUUAACUUUGCAAGUGGACACACUGAGGCCCAGGGAGGAAAGCAAGCUCCCAGGCCACAUGCCACAUCCUAACCCUCCUGCACACACGUACCCCCACAGGCCUGAGAUCAACGACAUGACUGGUCAGGGCCUCCCAGGCCUGAUGCUGAAAACCCAUCCAUUCACCCAAGUGGUGAACACUGAAUAUCCCUGCCUCUCUUGAAAAUCCUACAUUUAAACAGGCAGAGAAAUGUAUUUCAUAGAAUAUGUAUACUUUUUCCUUUGUACAAAAGCAUUUUAAUCUCUCUUAGUUCAUAGCCAAGAUGAACAAGAGGAGGAACAAUCACCACACACAAAAAUCAGUCACCAGGCAUCAGAGCCUUCUGGGAUGAACAUCUAUCAUUACCAUCAUCACCACCACCAUCCUCACCGCCAUCAUUGCUGUUUUUUAUGGUUAGUGCAAAUUUUGCUUUGUUCCUUGGACAUUCAGACUGGAUCUUGUUCAUUACAUCAGCUGCCUCACCUAGCAUGAUGUUUGUCACAAGUCUGAUGCCAAAUGAAUAUCAGAUAUUGUAAAUGUUUAUUAAAAAUUAAUGAAUGGUA